ACGGAGCGAAGUAAGCGGCUUGAGGUAGGUUAUAAAAUAUCGCGAGCUGCACAUGUGCGUGUGCCUGUCGUGGUGGUAACGGACACUUGUAAAAUAUGGGGAAAAAGGACAAAAAGAAAGGCAAGGGCGCGGAAAAGACUAUCGCGAAGACAGAAAAAAAAGCAACACAGAAAUUGAAGAAGGAAUUGGCCGCGAAGGGCGAGGAUGACAUAGAAAAGCUCAUCGCACAAUUUGUUGAAGAAGAUCGCAAAAGACUAGCAGUUACUGAAGAGCUCGUGGGGCCUCCGUCUUGUAGGAGCGGCGCUAGCCUGUGUGUGCAUCCUGAAAAAGACCAGCUUUUGCUUUUCGGUGGAGAAUACUUCAAUGGGCAAAAGACAUUUAUGUACAAUGAGCUCUUUUUGUACAACAUCAAGAAGAACAACUGGCUUCUUGUAAAGUGCCCCAACUUGCCACCUCCAAGAUGUGCACACCAGGCUGUAAUGGUGCCUCAAGGAGGGGGCCAGAUGUGGAUCUUUGGGGGAGAGUUUGCCAGUCCAACGAAGUCCCAGUUUUACCACUACAAGGACCUGUGGGUCUACCAUGUUGCAAGCCGGAGCUGGGAGCAGGUGAAUGCUCCAAGAGGGCCCAGUGCACGUAGUGGUCAUCGCAUGGUGCAAGUGGGUCGUCAGCUGCUGCUUUUUGGUGGCUUUCAUGAGAGCACCAGGGACUACCGCUACUUCAACGAUGUGUACCUGUUCAACUUGGAUCUGCGAGCGUGGACCAAAGUGGAGUGCAGCAACUCUGGGCCUUCACCGCGUUCUGGCUGCCAGCUGUUGCCAGUGGCUGAAGGAAAAGUUCUUCUUUAUGGUGGCUAUUCACGUGAAAAAGUCAAAAAGGACUUGGAUGAGGGAAAGGCUCACACAGACAUGUUCCUUCUCCAGGCCGAUACGCGCAGCUCCGGCAAAUGGAAAUGGUCCACAGUGAAGCAGUCAGGCUGCCGGCCAAGUCCUCGGAGUGGCAUGUCAGUAGCUGGCCAACCACAAGGCAACCGGGCUUACUUUUUUGGAGGCGUCCAAGACCAGGAGGAAGAAGAGUCCUUGGUGGGCCACUUCUUCAAUGAUCUGCUUUGCCUUGACAUUGACAGGGCGUUGUGGCGGCCAGUCAUCUUAAGUGUCACCAAUGACAAGGACGUUGCACAGUUGGGUGAUGGCAGUACCCAAGAGGAGGGGUCACAUGAUUUGCACAAGCUCACCAUAGAAGACCCUGUAAGUACGACACUGUGGAGGCUGAUGAGUUGCUUGCUCUGCUUGGUGUGAGGCAGGUGGCUUUAA